AAGAAGAAGCAGGAAGCAACUACGUCAUCUGAGGGCGAUAGCUCUUCCUGUAGCAACAUGGCUAGCUGCUGUUCCCUGAAAUUAUUGACACUUUUCAGCCUGUUUAUUGUUCCUGCCUCGGUGGAAAGUAAUAAUAUUGAGGCAGAAGCUGGUAAAUUCUUCAGCAGUGGACACACAAACAAUUGGGCAGUUUUGGUGUGCACAUCCAGAUUCUGGUUCAACUAUCGUCAUGUGGCCAACACACUAUCUGUGUACCGUAGUGUCAAGAGACUGGGCAUCCCAGACAGUCACAUAGUUUUGAUGCUGGCCGACGACAUGGCGUGUAACCAUAGAAACCCGAAGCCGGCCACGGUGUUCAGUCACAAGAACAUGGAGCUCAACGUGUACGGAGAUGACGUGGAGGUGGAUUACCGUGGUUACGAGGUUUACAGGUACAAUGAGCUGCUGUUCAUUAUUGAUACUUGUCAGGGAGCCUCCAUGUAUGAGAGAUUCUAUUCUCCUAACCUCAUGGCCCUGGCCUCCAGUCAAGUAGGAGAAGAUUCCCUGUCGCACCAGCCAGACCUGGCUAUCGGGGUCCACCUGAUGGACAGGUAUACAUUCUACCUGUUGGAGUUUCUAGAGGAUAUUCACCCUGCUAGCACCGCUAACAUGAAUGAUCUGUUUAAGGUGUGUCCUAAGAGUCAGUGUGUGUCCACUCCGGGCCACCGUACAGACCUUUUCCUCCGGGACCCCGGUAACGUCCUCAUCACCGACUUCUUUGGCAGUGUCCGCAGUGAGAUCACCAUGGAAACCAUCAACCUGACAGCUCUCCAUGGUGCUUCUGGUUGUGGAAAACCAGUCAGUGAGCUGAAGACCGAGAGCCAGUCAUACGUGGACCAACUACCAGUGGCUGAGAUUAUACACCAGAAACCGAAGCAGAGAGACUGGCAUCCUCCGGACGGUUUCAUCCUGGGUCUGUGGACUCUCAUCCUCCUGGUCUUCUUCAAGACGUACGGCGCCAAGCACCUUAAGCACAUCUUCUAACCACUGACCCUUUUUAAGCCUGACCUCUGACCCACUUCUGCUCCUUGUGCAGUUUUGCACAAGUUCACUUGGCUUCCUAGAUUUGAAAGAGGACCGGCGUAGGACUCAUGGUGAAUACUCUAAAGCGCAGGCUUUCAUCCAUCCAGUUAUUUUAAAUGCACGGGGAGGAGUGCACAACUGCACACUUCAGGAUAAAGGACAGACAGUUGGGACGCGGUGUUUGGCGAGCUCCCAAUCUUUCUCUGGAUUACGAGAAGACUACAAAGACAUUAUUAACAGGGAAAGAAUGACGCAGUCUUGUGUGGAAAUUGCCUUUCUAGUUAUUCUAUUUCUAUGGUUAUUAACAUUAUCGAAGGGGCACUCUGUGAUUGGUACAUCCAUUUUGUUAUUGUUUGAAGAGCAGAUUGUCCCUUUUAACAUCAUUGUUUAUGUUUGAACUCUGAACUGUGUUGGAGAGAAUGUGAUGACACAACACUGACCCAAAGAGACACAUUGUUGUGCCUUUCUGGACAUGAACAUUACUCUGUAACUACUGGUUACUGCUGGUGUUUAUUAUCCUGGACAUAAACAGUACUCUGUAACUACUGGUUACUGCUGGUGUUUAUUAUCCUGGACAUGAACAGUACUCUGUAACUACUGGUUACUGCUGGUGUUUAUUAUCCUGGACAUGAACAUUACUCUGUAACUACUGGUGUUUAUUAUCCUGGACAUAAACAGUACUCUGUAACUACUGGUUACUGCUAGUGUUUAUUAUCCUGGA